AUGAGUACUAGGCUGAUUAAGGGUCGUAAAAAAGUUCUUCUCGCGAAGAUAGAGAAUGAGACUAAUCGACAAGUGACCUUCUCAAAAAGCAGAAAUAUCGUCUUCAAGAAAGCAAAUGAACUUGCAGUUAUGACUGGUGCUGAAGUUGGCAUCAACGUGUUUUCACCAGCUAAUAAGCUUUACUUUUUUGGUCAUCCAAAUGUAAAUGAGACCAUCGACAAAUAUGUUGGCAAAGAAAGGCCUCCAACACCAUCAUCACCAGGCAUUGAUGACAAGUAUGUUCAGAUGAGCCGAAAAGUCAAUUCUAGAGCACUUAUCACACAACUCGAUUAUCUACAAGAUCAGCUUGAUUUUGCAUUAAACUUUAAAAGCAACCUCAAGGAAAUAAAUAAGAAUGUGGAUAGCCAACAAGAGUGGUUCAGAGAUCCUAUAGAGAAGAUGAACUACACGGAGGCUUCAAUGUUGAAAGAGAGAUUGGAAAAUCUUCUCUUGAAGGUGAAGAAUUAUGGUACGGAACGUGGGUAUGGUUACGAAAAUGAAAGGCGGAAGGAUGAAUAA